AUGACCUCUUAUGUAGUAGCGCCUCAAUUAUUGGCGAGUGCAAUGGUAAACGUUCGAGAUCGCGGCCAGCAGCUCGUCAAAUGUCGCGCAUUAUUGGACACUUGUUCCACUGCGAAUUUUAUAUCUGAAUCUUGCGUGAAACGUUUGAAAUUAACCGUUGCGAUGCAGUCGCUGCCGGUCGGAUCUAUAAACGCGCUGAACACUAUAUCUAAGGGGGUUGUACAAAUUACACUGCAAUCGGUGCACGAUAACUUCAGCAAAACUUUGACGUGCCUAACGAUGCCGACCAUUGCGGAUCUGAUUCCUACCGAGAUUUUCCCACGGGGUUCGAUUAAUAUACCGGCGAAUCUUAGACUAGCAGAUCCAGAGUUCCAUUUGCCUCGGCCGGUCGACUUAUUAAUCGGUGCGGGAGUAACGGUGUCUUUGUUCUCGAUCGGUCAAAUACACCUACCGCUCGAGCGGGGCGACUUGUAUUUACAGAAGACGCGGCUGGGUUGGAUCGUGGUCGGUGAUCCGUUGGCACAACGACAGCCGGCCUCGAUAACAUGUCAUUUCACCAAAUUAGAAGGCCAGUUGGAACGAUUUUGGGCUAUCGAAGAGGUUAACGCGGAUGUUCCAAGAUCGAGGGAAGAUUCCGAGUGCGAAACGCAUUUCGUGGAGAACGUCCAUCGCGAAGAUAGCGGGCGAUACGUCGUCCGUCUCCCAUUUCGCAACCGUGGCGAGCGUCUGGGCGAAUCGCGAUCCGUGGCCCUCAAACGUCUGGUCUCGUUAGAACGUAGACUGAACGCGGACGCGAUGCUACGUGUCGAAUAUGACCGAGUAAUAAAGGAAUAUCUGGAACUAGGGCACAUGUCUUUGGCGGAAAGUAUUGACGACGAUGGUUGGUUAUUACAUGCCGCAUCAUCCGGUGUUGAAAGAUGUGAGUGA